AUGGCGGAGGAGGAAGUGAGCAACAAGCAGAUAAUUCUGAAGGACUACGUGAAUGGAUUUCCCAAAGAGUCCGAUAUGAUUUUCAAGACGACUACUGUCAAAUUUAAAGUUCCAGAAGGUUCGAACGCUAUUCUGGUGAAGAAUCUCUACCUUUCUUGUGAUCCCGCCAUGCGAUUUCGCAUGAGGAAGACGGAAGGGAGCUACGUCGAUUCCUUCGUUCCUGGUUCUCCUAUAACUGGACAUGGAGUGGCUAAAGUGUUGGAUUCUGGGCAUCCAAAUUUCAAAAAAGGUGACUUGGUUUGGGGAAGAAGUGUUGGAUGGGAAGAGUACAGUCUCAUUACAGAUCCAGAGACUUUUUUUAAAAUUGGAUGUACCAAUGUGCCACUUUCCUACUAUACUGGAAUCCUUGGGAUGCCUGGCAUGACUGCUUAUGCUGGCUUUUAUGAGGUUUGCUCUCCUAAGGAAGGAGAGUUUAUCUUCAUUUCUGCUGCAUCGGGAGCAGUUGGUCAACUUGUUGGGCAGUUUGCAAAGUUGAUGGGCUGCUAUGUUGUUGGAAGUGCUGGAACCAAACAAAAGAUUGAUCUGUUGAAGAAUAAAUUUGGGUUUGACGAGGCUUUUAACUAUAAAGAGGAGCACGACCUAGACGCAGCUUUGAAAAGAUACUUUCCCAAGGGCAUCGAUAUCUAUUUCGAGAAUGUUGGUGGAAAAAUGCUUGAUGCGGUACUCCUGAACAUGAGACUCAAUGGUCGCAUUGCAGUCUGUGGGAUGAUCUCACAGUACAAUCUUGAACAGUUUGAAGGAAUUCACAACUUGGUCUUCCUUAUCAUAAAACGAAUUCGUAUGGAAGGAUUCAUAGUUUUUGAUUAUUAUCACCUCUAUCCGAAGUUCCUGGACAUGGUUCUACCUUACAUAAAAGAGGGCAAGAUUGACUACGUGGAAGAUAUAGUUGAAGGCCUUGAAAGCGCCCCGACAGCUUUGGUUGGGCUCUUCUCUGGUCGCAAUGUUGGGAAACAGGUGGUGGUUGUUGCUCAUGAAUGAUGC